AUUAAAAACAUUAGCAUAAAGACAUGGCUAAUAAUAAAAACCACACACUUAUACCAUCACCACCUCCACUUCUUUUACUCUUCUUCUUCUUUUUCUCCAUUUCCAUUAACACAUUCGUCGAGUCGCGGCCGCCUUUCGCCUGCGACUUGAAAAACGGGGCGACGAGAAGCUUGAGAUUUUGCCGAGAAAAUUUGCCGAUUCACGUACGAGUCAGGGAUUUAAUUACGAGAUUGACAUUGCAAGAAAAAAUAAGAUUGUUAGUGAACAAUGCAGCUGCUGUGCCGAGACUUGGUAUUCAAGGCUAUGAAUGGUGGUCUGAAGCUCUUCAUGGGGUUUCUAAUGUGGGACCUGGUGUCAAGUUUGGUGGGGCCUUCCCUGGGGCCACUAGUUUUCCUCAAGUUAUCACUACUGCUGCUUCUUUUAAUCAGUCUCUUUGGGAGCAAAUUGGACGGGUGGUGUCUGAUGAAGCAAGGGCAAUGUACAAUGGAGGAGUGGCCGGAUUGACAUAUUGGAGCCCUAAUGUUAAUAUAUUCCGGGAUCCUCGGUGGGGUAGAGGGCAAGAAACUCCCGGCGAAGACCCUGUUUUAGCCGGAAAAUAUGCGGCCAGCUAUGUCAGAGGACUUCAAGGCAGCACAGGUCUUAAAUUAAAAGUUGCUGCAUGUUGCAAACAUUACACAGCCUAUGAUCUUGAUAAUUGGAAUGGAGUUGAUCGCUACCAUUUCAAUGCUAAGGUAAGCAAGCAAGAUUUGGAGGAUACAUAUGAUGUGCCAUUCAAGGCAUGUGUGAUGGAAGGGAAAGUUGCCAGUGUAAUGUGCUCAUACAAUCAAGUUAAUGGAAAGCCUACGUGUGCUGAUCCUGUUCUUCUUAAAAAUACAAUCAGAGGCCAAUGGGGUCUUAAUGGAUACAUUGUCUCCGAUUGUGACUCUGUUGGAGUGUUGUAUGAUAAUCAACACUACACUUCAACACCUGAAGAGGCUGCUGCUGCCACCAUUAAAGCAGGGCUUGAUUUGGACUGUGGCCCAUUUUUGGCAAUCCACACAGAGAAUGCAGUUAAGAAAGGGCUACUAGUUGAGGAAGAUGUAAAUUCAGCCUUAGCCAACACAAUAACAGUUCAAAUGAGAUUAGGCAUGUUUGAUGGCGAACCGUCAGCUCAUCCUUAUGGCAACUUAGGCCCAAUGGAUGUUUGCACUCAAGCCCACCAAGAAUUGGCCCUAGAGGCGGCCCGACAAGGCAUGGUCCUGCUUCAUAAUCCUGGCCGGACCCUUCCAUUAUCCAGGACCCAUCAUCGGACUGUAGCAGUUAUUGGGCCUAACUCUGAUGUUACUGUUACUAUGAUAGGAAACUAUGCUGGUAUUGCAUGUAAAUACACAAGUCCCCUACAAGGAAUAAGCAGCUACGCUAAAACAAUUCACCAAGCUGGCUGUGAAGACGUAGCCUGUGAAAACAACCAACAAUUUGGUGCAGCCGAGGCUGCAGCCCGUCAAGCCGAUGCGACGAUUUUAGUAAUGGGUCUUGACCAAUCCAAAGAAGCUGAAUUUAGAGACAGAGUGGGACUCCUUUUGCCAGGUCAUCAACAAGAGCUUGUAUCAAGGGUGGCUAAAGUCUCUAGAGGUCCUACAAUUUUGGUGCUGAUGAGUGGUGGUCCUAUUGAUGUUUCGUUUGCUAAGAAUGACCCUCGUAUUGGUGCUAUUUUAUGGGCUGGUUAUCCUGGUCAGGCUGGUGGUGCUGCCAUCGCUGAUGUCUUGUUCGGAACUACUAACCCGGGUGGAAAGCUACCAAUGACAUGGUAUCCCCAAAGCUACCUUGCAAAGGUACCAAUGACAAACAUGGGAAUGAGACCAGACCCUUCAACAGGUUAUCCUGGUCGAACCUAUAGAUUCUACAAAGGCAACGUUGUUUUCCCAUUUGGCCACGGCUUAAGCUACAGUACAUUUUCCCACUCUCUCUCUAAACCACCCACUCAUCUCUCACUACCCAUUACCAAUCUCUAUGCCCUAAACAAUUCAACCAUUUCAAAAAAUUCUAUUAGGGUUUCACACAUUAAUUGUCAAACCAAUUUAGAAUUUGACAUUAUUGUUAAAAAUAGCGGCACGAUUGAUGGAACUCACACUCUUUUAGUGUUUACUAGCCCGCCUUCCGCUUCCCGGCAAACAUUAUCGACUAAUAAGCAAUUAAUUGGUUUUGAAAAGAUUCGUUUAGUAGCUGGUUCUGAAAAACAAGUGAAGGUUAAUGUUCAUGUGUGUAAGCAUUUGAGUGUAGCUGAUCGAUUCGGAAUUCGAAGAGUUCCGAUUGGUGAUCAUGAUAUUUAUAUUGGUGAUCUCAAGCAUUCUAUUUCUCUUCGAGCCAGUUUGGAAGAGAUCAAGUAUUAGUAUAAGUUUGUAGGAUAUUGACCGAACAAUUGUAGCAUAUGAUUCACUUAUUGCAAGAACACAUAAAUAAUUGAAUCAAUUGGGAAGAAUUAAUUGGUGCCCAAGUCAUUUCGAAGUUGUGAGAUUUCGAGUUCGAGAUCCCGUCAUAGAUGAUGAAUUAAAAAGAAAUUAAAUAAGUGAAAUUAAGGCAAUAAAUGGUAAAGCUAAAAGCUUUUCUGGUUGCCAUUCUUUUAUCAUUGUUGUUUUACCUUUUGUGCAAAUAUAAUUGUGUUUUUGUAUGGUGAUUGUAAAUUAUUCCUCAACAAAGUAAAAUUGGGGGUAAUAUUGUAAUUAAAUAUAGCUUGAAAAAUUUAAUCCCUCUGUUCUAUUAUAA